AUGUUAUCUUCAUCGCUAUCUCUCAGCGCUGGAUCGCUGUUCCUUCUAUGGCUCUCUUCACCAGCCCACGCCACUGAAUACGAGUUGAUGGAGACAUGGCAGGGAGAGGAGUUCUUCAAUUAUUUUCAUUUCUAUGACGGACCGGAUCCGACAAAUGGAUGGGUGAAUUAUAUGGAUGGAGACAGCGCAUCCAAGGCUGGGUUGGUAAAAAUCACCGACGAAGGCACUGUUUACCUCGGCGUGGAUCACGCAACAAAGCUAAGCCCCAGCGACAAAGGUCGUAACUCGGUUCGAGUUGGUACGAACAAAUACUACGAACACUCGCUAGUCAUUGCAGACAUUGCACACAUGCCUGGAAAUGCCUGUGGCUCGUGGCCUGCGUUCUGGACCGUAGGCAAGGAAUGGCCUGGAGAUGGAGAGAUCGAUAUCAUCGAGGGCGUGAAUAUGCAGGACCACAACGAGAUCGUGAUGCAUACUUCUGGCACCUGUGCACUGAAGGAUGAAGGCAUGUCGGGAUAUGUGAAUGCAACUGGCUGCGGAGAGGCUCUGGGUCCUGUGGGAUGUGUUAUCGAAGGAGACAAGGGCAGUUACGGUACUCUAUUCAACCAGGCCGGAGGUGGCGUCUAUGCCAUGGAAUGGACAGAAGAGUUUGUCAAGAUCUGGCACUUCCCACGCAACUCCAUUCCCGAGUCUAUUACCAAGGGCGAGCCAGAUACCUCCGAAUUCGGCAUCCCGAUGGCCCUAGUCGAGGAAGGAUGUGAUGUCGCCAACAGUUUCAAAUCUCAGUCCUUUGUGUUUGAUGUGACCUUCUGCGGUGAUUGGGCUGGCGGUGUAUUUGGAGAGUCAGGUUGCCCUAUGUCGAGCUCCGACUCCUUUGCAAGCUGCACCAACUUCGUUGCUCAAAACCCUGAUCAGUUCAAGGAUACCUACUGGGAGAUCAAUUCUGUCAAGGUGUACCAAGCUGGUGUGAAGGGUCCUUCAGUUCCAUCCCACCCACACUCUUCCACCCAUGAGGUCUCCAAAUUACCGAUUACUGAGCCCACGAUUUCAGAGCCCUAUACCGUUGAAACACAUGCUCCUAAGCCUCAAUCUACUGAGACUCAUGUUGCUCAACUUGUCGAACUUCCGGUCUCGAAGCCUACUCAUCCUGCUGAACAACAUGUUCACUCAACUGAGGAAGCUACUGAUGCAGUGGAGAAGACUCUAAGUGUGGUUAAGGUUCAUACAAUUACUCAGUCUGCUGCGGUCGAAAAACAUUCGUCCGAGCCUGCGCCUGAGGCUCCAGUUGAGCAACCCGUCGUUACUAAACAUGCGAAGGCUCCUACCACUCGAUACGUGACCAAGUUUGUCACAGAUACUAUGACCGUCUGCGCCUCGUCUAAGGAGUCAUCUAAAUCCUUGGCUCCAGUCGAUGUGAUUGAAAUCUCGCCCUCAAGCUCACACAAUCACGAACAACCUCAGCCAAGCGACGACGAAGAGGCAGAAGAUGAGCAAACCACGUCUGUUACUCAAGCUCCCCCAUCUACGUCUUCUGCUCGAAUUCCUCGCCAUACGUCUAGCGCGAUCCCGACGGGUGCUGAUGCAAUUCCAGCUCAGCCAUCAUACCCUCAGGUAUCUACCCCUACUGCGGGUCUUUACCCUCAACAUCCCCAAAGUCCCUUCCCUACUCCUAGCGGGGACUCAACCCCCAUCAGGCCCAUCUCUCCGCAGUCUCCUCAGACAUCCAAGCCUGUGAUUCCUCGUCCUUCAGGUGACACCGCUGAUAGCAGUGAGCGACACAACUUGCCUCCAUCUUCAAGCACUCCUGUUGGCGCAGUGUUCACAGGAGCAGCCGAUCACUUGGCCAUCAAGGUCCCCAUGCUUGCUGCGGCAUUCGGACUCGCGAUGGUCGCCUAG